AUGGGAAUGGAAAGAAGCAAUAUUGAUGAAGUCACACUAUUCAACGGCACCAAUGCAGACGACCUCUCAGACCCCUCCCGUUUGGGCCUGCUGGCUGCUCUGCACUGCCGAGUCGUUUCUCCCCUCGCGCGCCUGCCAAAGGCUGCUGUGCGGCGCGAGCAGCGGGCUUUCCCAACUGGGACUUGGGCAGCGUCUUCCUGCCUGAAUCUCAUCCCCUCAUCCGCUGCCCCCUUCUCUCCCACCCUCCCCCUUACAGGCAGUAGCAAGAGCAGCGGGUUCGCCCAACUGGGACUGGACCGCCUUGCCCUGCCUGCUGAGCAGAGUGACGCCCACAGGCUUGCUGCUUCCCCUCCCUGCUCUCUUCGUUUGGCCCCUUCUCUCCACCUCUCUCCACCUCUUUCCACCUCUCUCCACUCCUCUCCAUCUCUCUCCACCUUUCGUCUUUCAGGCGGUAGCGAGAGCAGCUGGCCUACCCAACUGGGACUUGGCUGCAUCGCCCUGCCUUCGCAGCAGACUAGCAUCCUAAGGCCAACUGCCUCCCCUCCCUUCUCUCUUGUGCUGCCCCUUCUCUCUUGUGCUGCCCCUUCUCUCUUGUGCUGCCCCUUCUCUCUUGUGCUGCCCCUUCUCUCUUGUGCUGCCCCUUCUCUCUUGUGCUGCCCCUUCUCUCUUGUGCUGCCCCUUCUCUCUAGUGCUGCCCCUUCUCUCUUGUGCUGCCCCUUCUCUCUUGUGCUGCCCCUUCUCUCUUGUGCUGCCCCUUCUCUCUUGUGCUGCCCCUUCUCUCUUGUGCUGCCCCUUCUCUCUUGUGCUGCCCCUUCUCUCUUGUGCUGCCCCUUCUCUCUUGUGCUGCCCCUUCUCUCUUGUGCUGCCCCUUCUCUCUUGUGCUGCCCCUUCUCUCUAGUGCUGCCCCUUCUCUCUUGUGCUGCCCCUUCUCUCUUGUGCUGCCCCUUCUCUCUUGUGCUGCCCCUUCUCUCUUGUGCUGCCCCUUCUCUCUUGUGCUGCCCCUUCUCUCUUGUGCUGCCCCUUCUCUCUUGUGCUGCCCCUUCUCUCUUGUGCUGCCCCUUCUCUCUUGUGCUGCCCCUUCUCUCUUGUGCUGCCCCUUCUCUCUUGUGCUGCCCCUUCUCUCUUGUGCUGCCCCUUCUCUCUUGUGCUGCCCCUUCUCUCUUGUGCUGCCCCUUCUCUCUUGUGCUGCCCCUUCUCUCUUGUGCUGCCCCUUCUCUCUUGUGCUGCCCCUUCUCUCUUGUGCUGCCCCUUCUCUCCACCUCUCUCCACCUUUCGUUUUUCAGGCAGUAG